CGGAGCCCCGCCCCCUCGGCCUCGCUGCCGGCCUUCCCCUUCCUCCCGGGCGGCCCCGCCCAACGAGCGCCCCACACACCAGGCGGCGGUGGCGGCGGCGGCUCCGGCGGCGGCGGCUGCGAGCGAGACCCGCCGCCGGGCGACAACAUGGCGGAGCCCUCGGCGCUGGAGAGCAAGUCCAAGGCGGCGGCGGCAGGCGGCAGCGGACGGGCCGGCUCCAGGGCGGGCGGGCCGGGGCCGGGCCCCGCGCCGCUGGCGGGAGGGCUGUCGCAGCCGGCCGGCUGGCAGUCCCUGCUUUCCUUCACCAUCCUCUUCCUGGCCUGGCUGGCCGGCUUCAGCUCGCGCCUCUUCGCCGUCAUCCGCUUCGAGAGCAUCAUCCAUGAGUUCGACCCCUGGUUUAACUAUAGAUCAACACAUCAUCUUGCAUCCCACGGGUUCUAUGAAUUUCUAAAUUGGUUCGAUGAAAGAGCAUGGUAUCCUCUAGGAAGAAUAGUAGGUGGGACGGUCUACCCAGGGUUGAUGGUGACGGCUGGCCUCAUCCAUUGGAUUUUAAACAUGCUCAACAUCACCGUGCACAUCCGAGACGUGUGCGUGUUCCUGGCCCCCAUCUUUAGCGGCCUCACGUCCAUCUCGACUUUCCUGCUCACCAGAGAACUGUGGAACCAGGGGGCGGGCCUCUUGGCCGCCUGCUUCAUCGCCAUCGUGCCGGGCUACAUCUCCCGCUCGGUGGCCGGCUCCUUCGACAACGAGGGCAUCGCCAUCUUCGCCCUGCAGUUCACCUACUACCUGUGGGUGAAGUCGGUCAAGACGGGCUCCGUGUCCUGGACCAUCUGCUGCUGCCUGGCCUACUUCUACAUGGUGUCCGCGUGGGGCGGCUACGUGUUCAUCAUCAACCUCAUCCCGCUGCACGUGUUCGUCCUGCUGCUGAUGCAGAGAUACAGCAAGAGGGUGUACAUCGCCUACAGCACCUUCUACAUCGUGGGCCUCAUCCUGUCCAUGCAGAUUCCCUUUGUGGGGUUCCAGCCCAUCCGGACCAGCGAACACAUGGCCGCUGCAGGGGUCUUCGCGCUGAUCCAGGCGUACGCCUUCCUGCAGUACCUCCGGGACAGGCUCACCAAGCAGGAGUUUCAGACGCUUUUCUUCCUGGGCGUGUCGCUGGCGGCCGGCGCCGUCUUCAUGAGCGUCAUCUACCUAACCUACACCGGCUACAUCGCCCCGUGGAGCGGCCGGUUCUACUCCCUGUGGGACACCGGGUACGCGAAGAUCCACAUCCCGAUCAUCGCCUCCGUGUCGGAGCAUCAGCCCACCACGUGGGUGUCCUUCUUCUUCGAUCUCCACAUUCUCGUGUGUACCUUCCCGGCCGGCCUCUGGUUCUGUAUCAAGAACAUCAACGACGAAAGAGUGUUCGUGGCCCUCUACGCCAUCAGCGCCGUCUACUUCGCGGGCGUGAUGGUGCGCCUCAUGCUGACGCUGACGCCCGUCGUGUGCAUGCUGUCGGCCAUCGCCUUCUCCAACGUCUUCGAGCACUACCUGGGCGACGACCUGAAGAGGGAGAACCCGCCCGUGGAGGACAGCAGCGACGAGGACGACAAGAGGAACCCCGGAAACCUGUACGACAAGGCGGGGAAGGUGCGGAAGCACGUGUCGGAGCAGGAGAAGACGGAGGAGGGGCUCGGGCCCAACAUCAAGAGCAUCGUCACCAUGCUCAUGCUCAUGCUGCUCAUGAUGUUCGCCGUGCACUGCACCUGGGUCACCAGCAACGCCUACUCCAGCCCCAGCAUCGUCCUGGCCUCCUACAACCACGACGGCACCAGGAACAUCCUGGACGACUUCCGAGAGGCCUACUACUGGCUGCGGCAGAACACCGACGAGCACGCACGCGUCAUGUCCUGGUGGGAUUACGGCUACCAGAUCGCCGGGAUGGCCAACCGGACGACGCUGGUUGACAACAACACGUGGAAUAACAGCCAUAUCGCCCUGGUCGGGAAGGCCAUGUCCUCCAACGAGACGGCCGCCUACCAGAUCAUGCGCAGCCUCGACGUCGACUACGUCCUCAUCAUCUUCGGGGGCGUCAUCGGCUACUCGGGGGACGACAUCAACAAGUUCCUGUGGAUGGUCCGCAUCGCCGAGGGGGAGCACCCCAAGGACAUCCGGGAGAGCGACUACUUCACCCCUCAGGGCGAGUUCCGGGUGGACAAGGCCGGCUCGCCCACCUUGCUGAACUGCCUCAUGUACAAGAUGUCCUACUACAGAUUCGGGGAAAUGCAGCUGGACUUCCGGACGCCCCCCGGCUUCGACCGGACGCGGAACGCCGAGAUCGGCAACAAGGACAUCAAGUUCAAGCACCUGGAGGAGGCCUUCACGUCGGAGCACUGGCUCGUGCGCAUCUACAAGGUGAAGCCACUCGAGAACAGGGAGGCGCUGGGCCGCCGGCCGCGGGUCACCAACAUCAUCUCCAAACAGAAGUAUUUGUCAAAGAAGACCACCAAGAGGAAGCGCGGCUACAUCAAGAACAAGCUGCUCCUAAAGAAAGGCCGGCGGCCCAGCAAGAAGACUGCGUAGGACUGUCCGAGGGCCGGCGCCGAGCAGUCGAGCUGCAGAAGCCGUCCUUGCCUUGAGCUCAGUCGUGUUUCACAACAACGUGAGGUUCCGAACCAUCGCGGCUCCGCAUUCACGCACACAACCUUCGGGCGGCGACACGGCGGCUCCUCGAGAACAGCCGUCUUGGGUCUGGGACGGGAGCGGGCCGGGCGCGGCUACCCCGCCGCCGCGGCCCCUGCCGUCUUUCCUGGGUACAUACUGUCUUUCCGCGCCGAGAAUUUGGACUUGACUGCACCAAAGAACCCUCGAAUCUGGCCCCGGCCACACAAAUUUGUCUGGUUUUGGUUCUCCUUCCUUCCUUUUUUGACUCCUGUACGAGACCUGCACUUCCUCCGAAAUGCCUGAGCAGCAAUACGGGAAACGCAACUUGUAAGUGGCGACGCGCUUUUGAACCACCAGGAAAUGUUGCCGCUCUGCGAAGAGCCGCUAGAAACGGGGACGCCUCCCCGAAUGCUAUUUAUUUCCGUGUUUCUGAGGUCAAGAAUGUUUCAUCAAAUGCACAUUUUGUAGUUCUGUCCCGGUUUGCUCCAUCCAGGACGGCAGCGGCGUCCGUGCGAGCCCCCGGCCGCUCCUGCACGCCCGGCUCCUUCAAGGGCUACGUUGGUGUCCUUUGGCGGGACGCGCUCAGUCCCCUGAUUGAAUGAGACCGCUUCGGGGGGCCCAUUUUAAGUGUCCCACCCCUCCCCCCACCGCUGGCCCGGGGCGGCGUGCCGGCAUUUGGUGAAACAUUCUGACUUGGCGCGGUGCUCCUCCUUUCGCUCGGCAGUCGUGGCAGGUCUGUCCGGUGACACACACACACGCACUCGCGCUCCCACCGAGUGGGGGCGGGCCUCGUGCCCCUUCCUGCUCCAGCAGCUUGAGGAGAAAGACCUGGAAUUCUCUGCAGCCCUUGGGGGAAAGUGCUUGGAGGGGGGGAGCUCUUCCUCCUGCAAGCAGUCCCAAUCGGGGUUUUAUACAUAUCUAUAUUAAAAAUUAUAACUUGCACCACUGCUUUUGGUGGAAUGUGCAGAAUAAUAGUAUGUACCUUUUAUGAAGAAAAUGUAAUUUACAACGUUCGGUGAGAAUGUUACUGCUGAUUUUCCUUCCCCCAAAAGUGUAGAAUGUUUGGCUUUUGUUUCUGAUUUAUAAAAACUCAUUUUUGACCCUGAUGAUGGUUCUUUUACAGACCAAUAAAAAUGGCUGUAACAUUUUCACAAAUAAAAACAUUAAUAGAUCUGGAUUUCUGAUACCUUAUUUGCCAUUUGGGGAUUUGCUUUUAUUUGGCUACUUGGAAGCGCCAUGCAAACAUUGUGGAUGAGGGGAAAUAAAGUUAAUUUGAGUUUUGUUUUAA